AUGGAUACUCUAAGAUUUGGAAAUUCUUCUACGUUAAUCAGUAAAUCCGCCAUUGAUGAUCCUUUUAAUCCAUACUAUCUUCAUCAUUCUGAUAGCACAUGCCUUGUUCUCGUUUCACAGCUGCUGACAGGAGAUAACUACGCCUCCGAGAGUAGAGCGAUGCUAAUUGCUCUUUCGGUGAAGAACAAGUUAGGGUUCAUCGAUGGCUCCAUUUCUAAACCUGGAGGUAAUGAUUUGAAUCUUCUUAAUUCAUGGAUUAGGAACAAUAAUAUGGCGAUUUCAUGGAUUCUGAACUCAGUGUCGAAGGAGAUUUCUGCUAGUAUUAUUUUUUCCGAAUCUGGUUAUGAAAUCUGGCUCGAUCUUGAGGAUCGCUUUCAACAAAGUAAUGGACCUAGGAUUUUUCAAUUACGUCGUGAAUUGGUGACCAUAACCAGGAUCAAAACUCUAGGAGUUAAGGAGCUAAAUUCUUAUUACCAGAUAGAGUACAUUAUGUCAUUCCUCAUGGGCCUUAAUGAUUCUUUUGCACAAGUAAGAGGUCAAUUGCUUUUGAUGGAUUCUCUUCCACCUAUCAAUAAGGUUUUCUCCCUGAGUUCUCAAGAAGAACGUCAAAGAACAAUUGGACAACAAAAUCCAGGCACUAGUUCUACUAAUGGAAUGGUGUUUGUUGUUAAAAAUGAUGGUUUCAAAGGCUCUGUUGCUAAUGCUGACACUCGAAAUACUAGAAGCAAUAGAGGUCAAAAGAACGACAGACCUUUUUACACUCACUGUAAUGAUCAUGGCCACACUAUUGAAAAGUGCUACAAGUUACAUGGCUAUCCACUUGGUUUCAAGCAAUGA